GAACUUUUAACCGUUACAAGCUUUAUGCAAAACAAUGGCAACAGAAGAAUUGGAAUAACGAAAGGGCGAUUUAUAGAACCAGAGAAGACAAAGAAUGGGAAGAACAAGGCGCUUUAUAGUGCAAGCCAUCAAUCUUGGAAUGACGAUUACAUUGCCACUAAUGAUAUGGAAGCUAUUAAUAUGCUUGAGUGGAAGCGAUUCACCAGUCACAGUUGUACUAAGUGCAAGCAUGGAACCAGGCUUCAAAAGGGGUGAUAUAUUGUUCCUACACAUGAGCAAAUCGCCUAUUCGUUCUGGAGACAUAGUUGUUUUUCGUGUUGAGGGACGAGAUAUUCCAAUCGUUCAUCGUGUUAUUACGGUCCAUGAACGACGGGACACUAAUGAAAUCAACUUCCUCACAAAAGGGGAUAAUAAUGGUGAAGAUGACAGAAAUGGGGGAAUAUAUGCAAAGGGUCAACAAUGGCUUCAACACUAUCAUAUAAUUGGAAGAGUUGUAGGGUUUCCACCUUACGCCGGCUGGUUUACUAUUAUUCUGAAAGAUAAGCCUGUAAUAAAGUAUCUUCUAUUUGGACUUAUAGCAUUCUGGUCAUCAACUUGAAGAGAUGAAGUUGCUUUUUUUGCUCAAUGAAUUGUUAUGGAAGAUGUGAUUAUCAAGCCUUGAGAGGACAAACAUUCUAUUUUUUUUCUUUCUAACAAAUGUUAGAUUAUGAGCUUGGUAUUCCUUGUUACAACCUAAAAUAAAAUCUGUGAUCUGAAAAAUAAGAGAUGUUGAUAAU